AUGUUUCUUGACAAGGUGGACCCAUUUGUCAAGAUCCUGCACAAGCCGACGCUGCAGGUCGAGCUGAAUCAUUUCCGCCGCGGCGUGUCUGCGAAUCCCACCGAGUUCGGAUGUCGUCUCUUGGUGGUCUACUCUCUAGCACUGCUGUCGAUGUGCUCAACCCUGGUCGAGUAUCGCCUUCAUGAGUCCAAAAAGGUGUUGCUUUCGCGAUAUCGCUCAUAUGUGGAGCACAGUCUGAGUCGAAUGAACCUCACCACAAGUCAGUCAUUAUCGACACUGCAGACAUUCUUGUUAUACAUUACACUUCUCUUCUGGACAGGCGAAAUGCUCCACGCUAACAGUCUCUUAGCCGUGGCUUUUGCAAUGGCUAGACGAAUGGGUCUCAAUCACGAUGGGGCACAUUUUUCUCUUUCUCCGUGGCAGAUCGAGCUACGGCGACGACUCUGGCAUCACCUCGCACUUCUGGAUACCUGGUGUGUUGAGAACCACAGGCUCCAACCAAUGAUUCAACCCGUUGAUAAUGAUACUUCUCUUCCUCAAAACCAGGACGACUCCGACUGGCAUACUACCGAGUUCGCUUCAACUCGUCCUCGAGAGCAGAACAGAUUCACCGACAUGGCGUUGGCCUUGAUUCACUACGAGGUGGGCGCUCUCGCAAUAUUCAUCCUCAACAACACUUACACGCCCUCUAUGACGGUUUGUGGCUAUUUGGAUCUUCAAAACGAGGUCCUGCGGCAAGCCCGGGAUCGACUGGAUAUCCUCUGCAUUAGAAACCUGGACGAGAACGACAUACUGCAGAAGCUCGCGAAAGACCUCUUCCACCAAGCAUUCAAAAGGCUCAGAUUGAUACAACUCCAAUCAAUCCUGAAUGCGAGGAGCAUCAACGAGACUCAGCGGGCCGGGCUCGAUGCCAAAGCCUACCACCUGGCCAUCGACUCCUGCAAAAGCACCCAGCAUCUCAUCGGCUUCUACACGCCCUACAGUCUCGACUGGGCUGUCGUCCGGGCCUUUUCAUGGCACUCGGUCGCCACCAUGCUCUCCACGGUCCUCCGCCACGAGGUGCUGAGCAACACGCCCGAAGCCCGCGCCGCCAGCUGCCGCAUCGAACAGCUCUUCCAGAACCGUUCCUCGAUCGACUUCCUCGCGGGCAACGACAACCUGUGGGAACCGCUCAGGGUCUUGCACGCCGAACUUGCCGCGCGAGAGGGCGCUGCCGUCACGGCGCACGCCGGGAUAGGAGUCGAUGUUGGUGGAGCGGCGGGGUCAGAUACUAGCACGGACGGAGGGACGGACUUGGUUUCGAUGACUUCGACGAGCAUUGAUCCCGCGUUGUUUGGAUUGGUUGGUGUUGGAGGAGGUGAAGGAGGGGACGUUGCUUUUGAGACUCUAGCAGACCUCGAACCGUUCAUCUAA